AUGAGGUUAGAUCAGGGACCAGACUCUGGGGUAGGACCAUCGACUUCGGUAUCAUCAGCUGCACCCGUUGGUGCUGCUGAUGUACCACUGGCAGGUUCGGUGCUCGCGUCGGCAAUGUUAGAUCAGGGACCAGACUCUGGGGUAGGACCAUCGACGUCGGUAUCAUCAGCUGCACCCGUUGGUGCUGCUAAUGUACCACUGGCAGGUUCGGUGCUCGCGUCGGCAAUGUAA